ACAGGCAGCAACCAUCGCCACCACCAUCACUGUGCGUAUCCGCCACCUUGGCCCGUUUUGAAUGUGACAAAGAGAGGGAAACCAAGCCAAGAACCCGGCCGGCCAUGCCGAGGUCCUCCUCCGCGCCCCGCAUCCUCGGCAGGGCCAUGGCCAUCCUCUCCCUGCCGCUCACCCCGCUCUCCAAGGCCAGGGCGGCGCGGACCCUGCUCCUCUUCAAGAAGCGCCGCGCGCGCCGCCUGCGCCACUACAACUACGCCUACGUCGGCGAGUACCAGUUCUCGCCCUCCGGCUCCCCGCUGCUCCUGCCCCGCCCGCCCGGCGUCUCCGCGUGGCGCGCCAAGCGGAGGAGCCGGGCCAGGACGGUCCUCGCCGCGCUCCUCUGCGGCGGCGGGUGCGGCUUCGACGGCGACGGCGGGAUCGACGUCGCCGUGCUCGACGGGCUGCUGCCCCUGCCUCGGGCUCUGCAGGACGAGCGGUCGGUUGACGACGACGGCGAGGAGGAAGCGUGCGACGGCGAGGAGGAGGAGGAAGUGGAGGUGGAGUUCGAGGGGGACGAGGAGGUGGACGGCCGCGCGGAGCGGUUCAUCGAGAGGUUCUACGAGGAGAUGAGGAUGCAGCAGCGGCGCCUCCUCUAGGCCGGCCGGCCGGAUCCAUGGACGACUCUGUCUGCUCUGCAUUUCGCCUUCGUUUCUUGCUCUUCAUUGGUAGAAUUGUCGCUAGCUAUCUUGGCUGCAGUUCCUUCGGUUACAGUGUGUUUAUUCUUGCUUCCUCGCAGUGUUGUUGUAGUGUUCUAGUAUCAUGUUCACUCGUGUGUCUGAAUUUACCCAAAAUUCCGUGCUGUUCACUUGCUGUGGUGUUGAUAAAUGUUGCCCAAGUUCAAAUC